GUUGACGUGACGGCGUAAAACGAGUUUUCGACGUGUUUUCGAGUUGUUGCACUUUAUAGUGCCUAUUCUAAUUUUCUGCAUCGCAGAGACGACGUGUAGCGCGAAAUUCAACGAUGUCUCGUUUCGACCUGGUGGUGUUUGGGGCGACAGGCUUCACGGGCAAGCAGGCCGUGAUUGAAGUGACCAGGGUAGCCAAGAAGUAUGGCCUCACGUGGGCAGUAGCAGGCCGGUCAGAGUACAAACUACAGCAGCUCAUGCAGGAGGUAUCUAAGAAAACUGGCGAAGACCACUCGAACAUCAAAGUGAUAAUAGCGGACGUGAGCAAUGAGGCUUCCCUCGAGGAGAUGUGUCGUCAGGCGGCUGUGGUGGUGAACUGCUGCGGCCCGUACCGCUUGUACGGCGAGCCGGUAGUCCGCGCUGCCAUACACUGCCGGGCGCACUAUGUGGACGUCAGCGGCGAGCCACAGUUCAUCGAGACGAUGCAGCUGGAGUACGACAAGGCAGCCCAGGAAGCAGGCGUGUACGUUGUCAGCGCGUGCGGCAUGGAUAGUAUUCCUAACGACUUGGGCGUCGUCUAUAUGGAGCAGCAGUUUGAUGGAACCUUAAACUCGGUGGAGUCGUAUCUGACCGCCCUGGUGCCGCCCGAGUACAGCGCGGAGGCUCGCAAGGGGGUCGUACACUACGGCACCUGGGAGUCACUCGUACACAGCCUUGCCAACCACAACGAGCUGAGUGUCCUGCGCAAGAAGCUGUACCCGCAACGGCUGCCGACUUUCCAGCCCAAGCUGCAGUCGCGCGGCAUCCACAAGAGAUUCGACAAGUGGUGCGUGCCGUUCCUGGGCGCCGAUGCAUCUAUAGUAUACCGCACGCAGCGCCACCUGCACGAGGCGGGCCACAAGCGGCCCGUGCAGUUCAAGCCGUACGUCAAAAUCGGCAGCAUGGCCGCCACCAUCGCGGCUGUGUUCGCCGGAGUCCUCCUAUACUUCAUGUCACUCACUAGCUUCACAAGAAAACUCCUCUUAGACCACCCGAGAAUUUUCUCUCUCGGAUUCGUGACUAAAGACGGCCCCACCGAAACGGUUAUGAAUAACACGUACUACAAGUUUGAGUUGUUCGGAGAAGGUUGGGCGAGGGGGGAGGAUGAAGGGACCAAGCCUAAUAAGAAGAUUGCCGUGAAGGUGUCCGGAUUGAACCCGGGGUACGGAGCCACGGUGUCAGGGCUGGUGUAUUCCGCUAUCACUAUCCUCAAGGAGAAGGACAAAAUGCCGGCCACCGGCGGAGUAAUGACAACGGGCGUGGCAUUCGGCAAAACCGACCUCAUCAAACACUUGUACGACAACAAUAUGAAGUUCGAGGUCAUUGACACUGACCGCUCCAAAUAAUUAACACUACUGCCUACCAAAGAUCAUUCGCUUAGUCAUUUACUGGUGCAUUCCUCAAGGCGAAACUUAUCCCAUCGAUAGCUGUAUGCAUUUACAUAAAUCUGUAGUGGUUCUGAUUCUGGCAGACAAAUUUAAAAACGGUGCUGUUUCUGAAGAAUAACACUACGUAUAGAACGUCAACUCUCCGCCCCCCAUCCGCGUCUGAGCUAGGUUUACCUCACCCCCUCGAACACAGUUUGAACUUGAAUGGUAUGGCGUCAGACGUCAUACACACAGAUGCGCGUGUACGAUAACGUCAAUGUGUAGUCUGUGUAAAACGAGGUUGUUUAUUAUGAUGUGUCUGGGGUGUGCACAAACUUCAUUUGAUAGGACUAAAACUAACUCUUAUCUUUUUCUUGCGCUUGUUGUGAGUGAAGGAUGGAACUACUUUAAGACCUUGUUCAGAAGGCGCGAUUUACUCGCGCUUUCAUACCACAGAGUAAGUUGAUUACUUUAUAAAUUCCUGCAUGCUUGGAAAUGUGCGUUCGUAUCCGUACGAUGUUAAGUACGCUGUGGUAUGACAACGCGCGUAAAACGCCUCAUCUGAACAGUCUCUAAGAGCUGUCAAACUAACAUUUUGUUUGUACUCGCCCGAAUAAGUUCCACUAUCUUAUUUAGUUAUGUCCGCUAGAAUCAGAACUAAUAACUUAUAUUUACUAGAUUUUUCGCUUUAAAAAGCGUAGUGUUGUUACCAAAUCUAAUCUAGGUACAAGACUUUAUAAUAGAAAUGUAUAAUUUUUUGGUGGUUCAAAUAGAAUCGUUUAUUGAAAUCUUCUAACAUGUGGUGCCACCUCUUGGCAGUUAUGCAAAUUACUUUCUUUUAACACUUGACUUAGUAAUUACGUUCGAAGAUAGCACACAGAUGGCGCUGCUAACGCUCUUUUACUACACUACCUACAUUAUAACUUAACCAAAUAUAAUGUGAAGUCAUUUUCUGAAGUAAUAAGUAUAAUAUAAGCACAUUUUUUGUUUUAUAUUCUGUGCCAUUCCGUUAUUUUAUAGAGGUUAUGGGUUGGGUUGGACCGGUAGCUGAAUAGGAGAUGGAACAGGAAAAGUUCUGCCAUCGAGUCACUAGAUGGCGACUGUGAUGUGAAAUCUUAGUAAAAGAUGUGCCUUUGGAUUCGACGUAUUUUACAGUAUUAUCGACAAAGAAAUUACUGUAAUUUCUUAUUAAUUAUAGUAAUUUGUAUAAGUAUUUAUAUUUGACUGUUGUGGCAUUCAUUAUUAUCUUACCAUAUUCGAAAGUAAUAUAGAAAGAUAAUUUGUUUAUACACCUUUAAUGUUUUUUAAUAAUAAACGUAAUACUUACGGUAACACAUGACUUUCCUUGUGCUUCGUCGGGUAUAACUUGGUAUAAUAUUCGUCUAUGUCAAAGACUAGUCUGAUUUUAUCUGGUUGUUAUAGCUAUACCAUAGCUAGGUACUACUAUGCUACACUACUAAUACAUAAUACCUAUGUAUUUAUUUAAUAUUUUAUUGAUCAAUGUAUCCAAUUUAUUAAUCUAGCCAUUUUGUAAACGUUAUAUAAGUGUCAAGGAAUUUAUUGUUAUAGUGCCUUUCUGCAAUGAAUAAAUGAAUAUAAUCCUUUUUUUA